GUUAGAAUGACUGUGAGUCUAUUUAGGUGUUUACAGUUUUACUGAGUUACAGUUAACAGCACUAAUGGACUGUGGGAAUCAGUUGGAUCAGUGUUUCUCCACUUUCUGGAUCUCAGAACCUGAGUUACACACUCCUGCACAGAUCCGGAGUUAAUGUUAGCGUGUCUGGUGUUAAGAGUGCUCUGAGUACUAACCCAGUUACUUCAUGCUCUACACUCCUGAGUGACGGCGUGGAUUCCUGCUGAGGGAGCACGUGUUCCUCAUGAGUGACCACUGACCCGCUGUGUACUGGGAGUGUGGAACACCUGGAUCAUUCUUCUUCAUAUUGUUGGAAACGCUAAAGGGAGUUCGGGUUGUGUGUUUGUGGACACUGCGAUAAACAGCGGGAACACCCUUUAGACAAACUCUCUGACUCUUUUUUCUGUGUGUUUUGGCUCUUCCGGACUUCUCGACUGGAGCUGUUGUGGUGUUGUGUUUACACUGGGUCGGAUAGAGGGGCUGUGACCGGUGGUCUCUCCGGAAAACUCCGCAUUGCUGCUAAUAAAAGUUUUCUAGCUCCUUAUUUAACAGCUCGGGAAGCUAAACACAUCAGAGGACACCCAUUUAAAGUCCUCUGGCUCUGUGCUGUUGUUGUCGGAGGCGGUUCUGCAGCCUGUAGUUAGACUCGAAGCAAACCGGACUUCUUCAAGUUCAAGUUUUUCCAACAAAAACAGCAAAACAUGUCGCCGUGAGCGGAGGAGGAAAAGUGAGCAGAGCUGAGAAGAGAGAGAAGAGCCGAGAACAUGAGGAGCCGCAGUAAUUCUGGAGUGAAACUCGACAACUAUGCGCGGAUAGUCCAACAAACUAUCCUCCGCUAUCAGGACCCUGUGACAGGUCUUCUCCCUGCAAGCAAAGAGCAGCCAGAUGCUUGGGUUCGGGAUAACGUUUACAGCAUCAUCUCAGUCUGGGCUCUGAGCCUGGCCUACAGGAAGAAUGCAGACCGUGACGAGGAUAAGGCUAAAGCCUAUGAACUGGAGCAGAGUGUUGUGAAGCUUAUGAGAGGCCUACUUCAGUGCAUCAUGCGGCAGCUGGACAAAGUGGAGAAGUUCAAGUACAGCAAGAGUACCAUGGAUUGCCUUCAUGCCAAGUACAACACCCAUACCUGUGCCACUGUGGUGGGGGACACUGAGUGGGGCCACCUGCAGAUGGAUGCCACCUCCCUCUUUCUGCUCUUUCUGGCACAGAUGACAGCCUCAGGGCUGCACAUUGUUUACACUCAGGAUGAAGUGGAUGUGGUGCAGAAUCUGGUGUUCUACAUUGAAGCAGCAUACAAAGUGGCAGAUUUUGGAAUGUGGGAGAGAGGAGACAAAACCAAUCAAGGAAUUCCAGAGCUCAACGCGAGCUCUAUAGGCAUGGCCAAGGCUUCACUGGAGGCCCUGGAUGAGCUUAAUCUGUUUGGGGCUAAAGGAGGACCCAGCUCUGUGAUCCAUGCUUUACCCGAUGACAUCCAGCACUGCCAGUCUAUUCUAAACUCGCUGUUGCCCAGAGCCUCCACAUCAAAAGAGGUGGAUGCUGGUGUUCUUUCUAUAAUCUCCUACCCAGCCUUUGCAGUCGAGGACAUGGAACUAGUAAAUAUCACCAAGGAGGAAAUAAUUUCCAAGUUACAAGGGCGAUAUGGCUGCUGUCGGUUUCUCAGAGAUGGUCAUAAAACACCUAAAGAGGACCCCAAUAGACUGUAUUAUGAGUCUGCUGAGCUGAAGUUGUUUGAGAACAUUGAAUGUGAGUGGCCUCUCUUUUGGACAUACCUUAUCUUGGAUGGCAUCUUCAUAAACAGCCCAGAACAGGUGCAGGAGUACAGAGAGGCACUGGAUGGUAUAAUGAUUAAACAGAAAGAUGGAAUACGUCUCCUGCCUGAGCUCUACAGCGUCCCUCCUGAUCGAGUGGAUGAAGAGUAUGUGAAUCCUCACUCUGUGGAGAGAAUCCCAAUGGGCAAGUGUCCUCUUAAGUGGGGGCAAUCCCUCUACAUCCUGGGAAGUCUGUUAGCAGAGGGUUUCUUGGCUCCAGGAGAGAUAGAUCCACUCAAUCGCCGGUUCUCCACCAUUCCCAAGCCUGAUGUGGUUGUCCAGGUGUCCAUCCUGGCAGAGAAUGAUGAGAUUAAGGCAUUGCUGUUGAAGAAUGGGAUUGAGGUGGAGACAGUGGCAGACAUCCACCCUAUCAGAGUACAGCCUUCUCGAGUUCUCAGCCACAUUUAUGCCAGGCUAGGACGUAAUGAGAGGCUGGGGCUGACUGGCAGGCCUUAUCGCAGGAUCGGCGUAUUGGGAACCUCUAAGCUCUACAUCAUCCGCAACACUAUCUUUACAUUUACACCUCAGUUCAUUGAUCACCAGCAGUUUUAUAUGGCCUUGGAUAACAGGAUGAUUGUGGAGAUGCUGCGGACUGACCUGUCUUAUCUGUCCUCUCGCUGGAGGAUGACUGGCAGGCCCACUGUCACAUUUCCAGUCUCCCAGACCAUGCUGACUGAGGACCACAAAGACCUGGACCCUGCUGUGCUGGCCACUCUAAAGAAACUUCAGGAUGGCUACUAUGGAGGCGCGAGGAUACAAACAGGAAAGUUGUCGGAGUUUCUUACCACUUCCUGUUUUGCUCACCUGAGUUUCCUGGAUACCGGUAAGCUAUGUUCCAGCAGCAUGGGCUGGGGCGAGGAGGAGGAUGAUGAUGACAGCUUCUAUAGUGAAGGGCCUGUGCAUGAGCUCCACAUUAGUGAUGACACAGAUGACCUUGCUCAGUAUCUGGAUCAGCUCUUGGCCACCUCAGUGCCACGGCAUACUAUGAAAACAGAGGGUGAAGCUACUGGACUCGGACGCUUUAAAGCUGCAGCCAGUAAGACCAGGGAAAUGGUGUCUCUAGUAAACAAGGCCAAGGACCUUAAUAUUCAUAACGUACACAUGUAUCUGCCCACUAAGCUCUUCCGAUCCCCACAGCCUUCUCUAAACCUAAAAGACUCUGGUCCUGAAACCAGCCAGGGUCCAGAGUUGGUUGUGUCGUCAGAAUGUAAUCUGCCACGUGGUCCUGAUGGAUCUACAGACUACAUGGCUCUGGCUCAGCUUCUCAAAGACACAGAGAGUCUCCAGGACCAGGCAGAUAUCCUCUACAUCCUCUUCAAAGACAAGGGAAUGGAGUGGGACACUCAGCUGUAUGGUAAAGGCACCACUGUGCGCAGGCUGCUGCUGGAACUGUAUGAGAAGGCCGGAGACCUGCGCUGCUGGUGCCUCAUCCGCAUGAUCUCUGGUAUGCUCCGCAAGAAAGUGGAGGAGCUCGACUGGGCCUGCUCUGAUUUACUAGCUCAUCAAAAACACUUAACAGUGGGCUUACCACCAGAGCCCAGAGAGAAGACCAUUACUGCGCCAAUGCCACCUGACCAGCUGGUUAAACUGAUUGAUCAAGCCAGUGAGAACAACAUCACUAUCUCUAUCCUGACCCAGGAGAUCAUGGUGUACCUGGCGAUGAACAUCAGGACACAGCCAGGUCUAUUCAGUGAGAUGUUUCGGCUGCGGAUUGGUCUCAUUAUUCAGGUCAUGGCUACUGAACUGGCACAGUCACUCAAUUGUUCAGGUGAGGAGGCGACAGAGAGUCUGAUGAGUCUAAGCCCUUCGGAGUUGAAGAAUCUGCUACAUCACAUUCUCAGUGGCAAGGAGUUUGGUGUGCAGAGAAGCGUUCGUUCAGUGGAGACGGGUGCAAGUCCUGCCAUCUCCAUUCAUGAGGUUGGCCAUGUGGGUGCCACCAAAAGUGAGCGAGCGGGAAUCAGCAAACUGAAGAGUGACAUGAAGCUGCUGGAGGAGAGCAGGUUAUCUUGGUCAACUCAGAGUAAGUCCACAUCACCCUCCCUCGACAUCGAGCACUUUGAGCCCCCUAGGCAGUGUCUUCAGUCGGUGGAGUCGUUUGAUGGGUCUGUGAAUGUUCCUGUGCCACAAGACAGCCGGCAGGGUCAGUGGCUGCGCAGAAGGAGGCUGGAUGGAGCCCUUAACAGAGUUCCAGUGGGUUUCUAUCAGAAAGUCUGGAACAUCCUGCAGAAGUGUCAUGGGCUCUCAAUUGAAGGCUUUGUGCUCCCAUCAUCCACUACAAGAGAGAUGACUCCGGGCGAGAUUAAGUUUGCAGUGCAUGUGGAGACAGUGUUGAACCGCGUACCUCAGCCUGAGUACAGGCAGUUGCUGGUAGAGGCAAUCCUGGUGCUAACCAUGCUUGCCGAUGUGGACAUCCACAGCAUCGGCAGCAUCAUUCACGUGGAGAAGAUCGUCCAUAUUGCUAAUGACAUGUUUUACCAGGACCAGAAAGCUCUAAACGCUCCGGAAAACAUUCUGGACAGAGAUCAGUCCACGGGCAUCUGCCGGCUGCUGUACGAUACCGCACCCAGCGGCCGCUUCGGCUCCAUGACAUACCUCACCAAGGCUGUGGCUACCUACGUUCAGGACUUUCUACCCAGUGGCGCGUGUGCCUUGCAGUGAUGCACUAUGUGUUUGUAGGCUGUACAGAAAUUAAAAUGCUGGUACUGCAUGAUACACCGAUUGUAUUGUAUUUGUUAGUUACACUGUUGUAACUGUUUUUUGGGCCUGUUUGGUCUUUAGUAUGACUGUAUGGUAUGGUUCAUUGUAUGGAGUGUUCAUUGUAUGCUAUAUAUCUAUUCAGAUGUUAAGCUACCUGACUUCAUUUCGUUUUGUGGUUUGUUCAAUCAUUUAUAUAUGUGGUGGAGAAGGAAAUCGUAUCAUGUACUGUUUAAGAAUGUAGAAGUAGAAGUAGAAGUCAGUUUGGAUGUACUGCUUGAAUGUACAGCUUUUCUCGAAGCCACAUUAUGAAGAUGAGAGAGAUACUUUUGUGCCUUUCCGUUUUGGUCAUACAUCAAAUCACCUGAAGCAGAUUAGCUAACAGUUUCUAUAUUAUUAAAAAUUACUGUAAAAGGGUCAUAUCAAAUAAUCUGGUUAAUUAAUUCAUAACUCAUAACUUUUACUAGUUAAGAAAUUAUAUUAACUCCUUAACAUUAUAAACUAAAUUAAAUAAUUUAUUUUAAUAAAAAAAAAAAAUUGCACGUUUUUAAGUUUUAUUUGUAUGUUUGGUAUUGCAUUGAUUUUGUCUGAAAUAAAUGAAAGAGUUUAUUUGUUU